AAAAAAUCCCACCCGUCACUGCAUGAUAGACUGUCUAAAACUGAGUUGUGGUGAAGAUCCAAAAGGGAUUUCUUCAUACCUCUUGAAGCUUGAUUUUAAUUAUGGGUAAAUCACAGUCAAAGUUAUCCCCGACCCAGCUGGAGGAGCUCCAGAAAGCGACGCAUUUCGAUAAGAAGGAGCUGCAACAAUGGUAUAAAGGUUUCUUGAAAGACUGCCCAUCAGGGACAUUGACGAAAGAGGAGUUCCAAAAGAUCUACCGACAGUUCUUCCCCUUUGGCGAUCCCUCCUCAUUUGCCAAUUACGUAUUUCGAGUAUUUGAUUCGGAUAACAGUGGCAUGAUCGAUUUCAAGGAGUUCAUCUGUGCGCUGUCCGUCACUUCGCGGGGAAAGAUGGAGGACAAGCUGGACUGGGCCUUCCAACUGUAUGAUAUUGAUGGGGACGGCAAGAUUACCUACGAUGAGAUGCUAGCCAUUGUGGAAGCGAUCUAUAAAAUGGUGGGGUCCAUGGUGAAACUCCCCGAGGACGAGGAUACACCGGAGAAGCGCGUUCGCAAGAUCUUCCGCAUGAUGGACAAGGACGAGAAUGGGAGUCUGGAUAUGGAGGAGUUCAAAGAAGGUAGCAAGCGGGACGAGACUAUUGUGAGUGCGUUGUCAUUGUAUGAUGGACUGGUAUGAUGAACAGCCGACCUACACCUCUAUCUACCCUACCUCUUUCUGUUUCCCUCCUCCUCUCUAUUGGCGAAAUCGGCGCGCAUAUAUGUCUGUGAUUUUCCGAAACUUGAAAUUUUUUGCCCCCUUCUCUGUAUUGUUGUGUUUUAGUAGGAUUCCCCAUAACCAUUCCUGGCGUGGCCUGUCCAGAUCCACCACCAUGGGGUGUUUAUCUGAUGUAUGCUUUAUCUGAGUGUUAUUUUCUUC